UCCAUCCUUCUUUGUUGUUAAAGAAUCUUCCAUCAUACUCAUUUCUAUUGUGUCUUCCUAGCAUCUCACUGCUGACUAUCUUCCUUCUCUUUUAAGCCACUGUCAUCUCAUCCGCACCUUUUCCUCUAUAUAAUUCACUGGGAGAUAAUGCUCUUGCUAAUCCAACAACCUGAGUCGUUGGCUCAAAAAGCAGUGCGUAGCUAGGCUAGAUAUAUGGGCAAAUCAUUAAAUUGUUUCAAAGGUCUCCUUGGGCUCAAGAAACGUCCUGAUCACUCUCCAUCUUCUUCUCCGUUAUCCGGAAACACAAAUCCAUAUCCCACACAAACCAUUAAACCGACAAAGAAAAAAUGGAGCUUCAUCAAAUCCUACAGAUCAGAAAAGGACUACUACCAACACCAUUACGACCACCAACCUCUCAAUGCUGCUCAUAUAUCCUACCACGGUACUCUGCCAACGUCUUUUCACGGUGGACAUGAUGUUGGUCUUGACCCAACCAAGCACGCGAUUGCAAUAGCAGAGGCUACUGCUGUCGCUGCAGAGGCUGCUAUUGCUGCUGCUCAGGCAGCAGCAGCAGUUGCAAAGCUGACAACUAGUGGGAGGUUCAUGACCACUACCUCCUCUAUGACCUGCGUGAGCAGAACCGGUGCAGCUUCUAGGAAUCGUGAAGAGUGGGCCGCUAUAUUAAUACAGUCGCAUUUCCGAGCUUAUCUGGCAAGGAGAGCUUUACGAGCAUUAAAGGGACUGGCGAAGCUUCAGGCAGUGGUAAGAGGUCAUAUUGUGAGGAAGCAAACUGCUGAUACGCUAAGGCGUACGCGAGCACUCGUAAAUCUUGAUCCUGCAACUCCAGAAAAACUUGAGCAUGCUGUUCGUCACAGGAACAUGAAGCAUGUCGAGACGUUCAUGCUCAAGAAGCAAGCACCAAAAUCGAACAUCAAGGCAACUGGCACAGAAGAAGUAUAUAUGAUUCAUACAGACUGCAGCAGGAUAGAUGCUAGAUCUAGGAAACACGGUGGAUCUACUGCAAAAACUACAUCAAUAGAUGAUGAUAAAAGUGACAAGAUCGUCAAAAUAGAUAUUGAGAAACCAUAUGUCAACCCCAGGAAUUUCUUCCAAUCCUCUCAUAUAAACUUGAAAUCAGAGCAAUACAGUUACAGCUUACCUGCAUCUAAGGACGCAACAGCCCGUCAAACAGUUACUACUCCAUCUUCAUGUGGCAGUCAAUCGCUGAGCCUCCUGAAAUUGAAUCAAGAUGCUGAUGAGGAAGCCUCUUUCUGCACAGCUGAUAAUAACCCAAAAUUUUCCUCAGCUUCAUCUCAAUGUGGUAGCUCAAGGAGAAGACUAUUUACUACAACUAAGAGUAAUGCUUCAAGAAAUUGCUCGAAUGGUUACCAGGGUCAUCCCAACUACAUGUCUUACACCGAAUCAGCAAAGGCUAAGCUGCGGUCAAUGAGUGAACCAAAACAGAGGCCUCGCUAUGAAAGAUCAAGCACAAUGAAGAGGUACUCAGUUAAUGUAGACAGCGAGUCAAGAAAGGUUUCUGCCUUUCAUCCCAACUUCACCAAUAAAGCCUAUCCAUCUUCUGUUAGGGACAGAUCUGCAUUCAGUGGUGGUCUUUUGCAUAGAUAUUGAGCAAAUUAAUGUUUUUAUCAAUUUAAUUGUGCUAACACAUGGUUCAAGUUUAGAAUAUCCAAUGUCCUAGAGAGGUCCUUUCGUCUUUGUUGUAAUACCAAACUAAUGUAAACAAUUUGUCCUUUACUAAUUUAACUUUAGAGGAUGCAAUCUCUUAGUGAACUAAUUA